AACAAGUGCAUUAUGGGACUUCGGAUUGUGAACGUUUAUUAUUAGUAGAAAUUGUAUUUAUAACUUGGGUUUUAUUAAUUUAAUUUUAUUUUAAUUGCCCAAGCGAGGAAGUGUAUAAUUACGUGGAUAAGUUGUGAUAUGCCUUUUACGAUCGACAUCUACUUAUCAAAACCUCUUUGUGUAUUGUUUUUUAUUAUCUAGCUGGAUAGAACAUUCAUGUCAAAUGAACAUAACCCAUCCAACAAUUUAAAAUUGCCAUACAGUAAGAAAGGUUUAAAACGUAUGUAUCUACACUUUUUAAAUAUUGAUACCAUGUUUUGGAACUUUAAUACAACUGUUUCCCAAAUUGAUUCAAUUUUAGCAAAAGAGGAUGUUACUUUACAAGAAGUUUUGGAUUCAGAAGAUAUUAUAAACGAUUGUCGACUGCAAAAUAAAAAUUUGAUAGAUUUCCUUCAAAAGCCAGAAAUCAUGGAAGAGUUGGUAACAUUAACUACUCGUGAACCUUCUUUGGAUCUAGAUGAAAAAGUUCGAUUCAAAUAUCCAAACAUAGCUAGUGAAUUGUUAACAUGUGACAUUCCUACCAUAAAUGAGCGAUUAGCUAGAGACGAAUCUUUGUUGGAAAAGCUAUAUGCUUUCCUUGAAAAUGAUUCUCCAUUGAAUCCUCUUUUAGCUUCCUUUUUUAGCAAAAUUAUGGGUGCCCUUAUUGCUAGAAGUUCUGAGCAGAACUGGUUAUCCUAUCAGUUUACCAGCUUACAGGUUCUGCACUUUCUAAAAGCAAAAGAAACAUUUUUACCUUUACUACUUAAACAUCUGGGCACAUCUGCUAUUAUGGAUCUUGCCCUUAAACUUAUGACCCAGGUAGAAGGUGUGGAAAUGUGUCAAAACACUUUAAAUUGGUUGGAUAGCCAAAUGAUUAUACAAAAGCUUGUGAUUAUGCUGAACCCUAAAAUGGAAAAAGAGAAGCAUGAUAAUGUUGCUCAAUUACUAUGUGAUUUUAUCAGAAUAGCCCGUGAUAGUUCCAGAAUUUCCACUGAAAGGGCUGAUCUUGAUCCUUUAGUUAACACUUUGGAAUCCUCUGAGACUAUCUGCUUAUUGUUGGAUCAAAUAUUUAGUGAUGAAAAAUGUGAGAGCGCAAUUGUGGGAGGCAUUCAAGUACUUUUGGCUUUGCUAGAUGUUAAUCAACCAAAUAUCACCAUCCAUGUGGAAAAGAAACAGAGAAUUGUAGAUUCCACUAUGGAAGCUAUAUGCACAAGAAUAAAAGAUUUCCACGACAUAUUAUUAAAUCCACCCAAGCAACCCUUAUUGAUGACCACGGUUGGUACAUUGGAUCCGCCCCUGGGCAAUACCCGUUUGCACGUCGUCAAACUCUUAUCAGUGAUUUUAGCGUGGAAUAACAAUCACCGUCUGUUGAAUGAGUUGCGUACUCUGAACACAUUUACUGUGAUGCUAGAUUUGUUUUUCAAGUACUCGUGGAAUAACUUUUUACAUGCGCAGGUGGAGAAUUGUCUAUUAGAUGUUUUACACUUCUGCGAAAUCAAUGAUGACAGUGAGUCAAGCUCACAUGCCUUAUGUAAACAUUUAAUAGUUGAUUGCAAAUUAGUGGACAGAUUGUUGCAAGAAUGGAAAGAUAAUGAUGAACAAGAGAAAGAGGGUAAACGUAUUAGGCAAGGCUAUAUGGGCCACGUGAUCAGUAUAGUCAAUAAUUUAGUUGAAUUGUGUGAAUCAACCCCUCUUGGGAAAAACCUGCAAAUCUGGCAGCCUGAAACUGUGAAACUUUUGGACGUGUUUAAGGAGACUACACUUGCUGAAACCAAUAAAAUGCAAGACAUAGUUCUGGGUGGUGCCGACCCAAAAAGUUCUGUAGAAGAUAAUGAUGAGUACGGAAGCAUACCCAGUGCUUUCCCCCAACAACUCUUUUCCUCUUACCAGACCCAAAAUUUAACCUACAUCGAUAGUUACGGUGGAUUUAAUGAUGAUGCAUAUAAUGAUGGCGAUGGGACUCUGCAAACGAUUGAAAACCCCUCGGACGCGAACUUUGAGCUCUCUGAAAAUGACUUGGCCCAAAAGGACGAGUUUUUCAAGCAAAUCUGCGCCCAGAAGAUCAGCACUUUUUUCGACGCCGAUGAUCAAAUAUUUGAAGACAAGGAGCACACAUUUCAGACUGUAAUCGAGAAGCAGGGCGUCGACAAAAAUGACGUUGUGUACACUAGUGGAAGCGACGACGACUCUCCAGAGAACAUGGACGUGGAUCCAUGGACUUCCCCAAAACCGGUAGACACCGAGGUAUUCACUUCGCCUGACCCGUGGGCCACUCGCCAGAGUAAUAUUUCCAACACUACCACAGAAGGAUGGGCGGAUUUUAGUUUGGCAGCAUUUGACCUUAAUACAAUUAAAGGUAACGAUGGUCAGCAACGGUCUACAGAUUCAACAGUACCCCAAGUAGAGUCAGAAUCCGCUCAGACCGAGAAAAGUUUACCUCAAGAUAAAUUGUCAUUCUUAGAAGAGGGCACGAAAAGCGCAGCGGGCGACCAAGAGCAAUUAUCCAAUAAAGGUGGCGAACCGAGCGUGGUGGAGCCGUCCAGUACUGUAGAUGGCGAAAGCUGCAAACUACCAACAGCUUCGGAAAAUGGAGACGCUCCAGUUGUUCCAGAUAAGGACGCGUCAACUCAGAAGACAGUGUAAAAAUCGCGAAACUCGAUUCCGAACAUAUCAUUCAGUCCCAAAGGUUACGGAAGGAUCGAGACCUUUACCUCUUUGCAAAUAUAUUACGUAACAGUAUUUUGUGUCCGAUUUCCGACAAAAAGUGUACAGAGAAGAGUAAACGAAUCCGGAACAAUAACCGCUGCCUUUUUUAUAAUGUAAUUAACACGUGGAUUUAUAAACCAUUUUUUUUUAUUAAGAACCUGCGCACAUUUUUUAUUUCUUUUGUUUUCGUGUCGGAGAUUGUCAUAGUGUUGCUAAGACCAUCAGAGUGCGAAGAGUAUAUUCUCUCAUGGUGCGGCGUUGCAAUUUAGAAUUGUCCUACCAAGAUUUCAAUAUUUAACAGGCUUUUGAUAU